UUUAACUUCUCUUUUUGGUUGUGAUUAGUUAGCAACCUCUGUGAUUUCAAGUUACUAACAUGUACUUCGGACACCGGUGAAAUUAAGCAGGAAGAGAUCUCAAAAUGAGGAAGCAAGGGCCGUGCUGCCACUGCGGAGCCAAAGAAACACCACUGUGGCGAAAUGGGCCGCUGGAGAAGCCGGUGCUCUGCAACGCCUGUGGGUCUAGGUGGCGCAUAAGAGGCACGCUGGAGAACUACGUCCCGAAACGGGGUCAUGGGGGUGGACGUCGGAGGUCGAGAAAGAUGGGAUAUGUGAUUCACGAUGUUAAUGUAGAUAAGACCAUCCCGACGAGUACCAUUGGGACAGAAAGAGCAAUUGGAAAGGGGAAAAACACCUCAACCAGUUGUGCCAUGAAUGCCAACCGAACAAGUGAAUCUGAAAUAUGCACAAUCAAUAGGUCGACUUCAGAGUCAGUGACAUCUGAUUCUCAGAAAAUAAUAUUUCACAUCGUGAUCAAGUCAGAGGACGAAGAAGACGACGAUGAUGGUAUCACUGAUUCAGGCAAAGAUGAAGGACCAUCAGAGGCCGACAAUGAGGUUCCAAGUCCAACCGGUGCGUUUGCACAUAUCAAAAGCCUUCACAGGGAACUCCUCAAGUUAUACAUUGAAGAGAAGUCAUCAAUGGAUGAAGAAGAGGAAGCAGUGCUCAUUGACAAUGUCAAUUCCUUUAUGUAUGAGAAUGAAAUAAUGUAUGGGAGCUACCUUCUCAAACCACCAUUGCCCAAUAUCAGUCCAACGGAGGAAGCAGCACUCAAAGGCUCAGCUUCUUCUUCUUCCUCAGUCAAUCAGCUAGAUGCUAAAGAAGAAACUCCCCCACUAGUCGUUGCCGGCUCCAUGGAUAAAGUGCAGACCCGAAGUGCAUCGCACACUCCUGCAAAUAUUGCCGAGUUCCCAGAUCAAGAAGCACUUGAUGAUGAAUCCAUUGCAGAGAUGUUUUUCCCUCAUGCUUCCUUUGCUUCUGAUGGAGAUCACUGAUCGUAGUCAUCAUCCCAGACAUCGAUCGACGAAGGAGAUCAGUCCUUGAAGGGUGCCCGUCAAUGACCGAGGAGAGUUCGACCAUCGGAAUGUUCGGAAGAUCUGAAAAUUAGAUGCAACCUCAAUUAAUUUUACUGGCUAACGGGUUUUUGCCAUUGACAUUUGAGCGAGAAAGACUCCAUCAUUUAGCCAUUAAGAUACCAAUGUUCUUCAGUUUAUGUGAUGUCCAAUGGAUUGCCCCCUUCAGAGGGUACAGCAGCAAAUCCCUAUAUUUGGUUGCAUCUGA